AGGCAGAAAUAAUGGUCGCUGGUGUUAGGUUCUGGUAUGUAAAGACGCGUGUAGUAUUUUGGUGUCCUUAGGUCUUGCUGUAUCAAGCUUCUGUUUCAUGUUUAGCUUCAUUUUUCGUUUCAUUUCCACGUAGAAAUACUGGCAAAAACGCAUACCUUCCUCACGCCCUACUUCUAAAAUGAAGCCUAACGACGACGACCCCGCAAGUAGCCUCCCCGCACCAGAUAAAAAACCUUCCUGCUACCGGCUCCAGCCCCUCCCCAACGCCGGUAUCGGGUGCGUCACAACAAAGUUUAUCCCGAAAGGGACGGUCAUUAUUGAGGAAAUUCCGGUGAUUACCGUGUACGGCCAUGAGUUCUCGCCCGAGGGACUCAAAGACCUGGACAGCGACAGAAAUAAUGACGAAAAGGAAGCCUUAGUCGAGGGGAAAUUUCAGAAACUCUUGGUCGACAGCACGAGAACGAAGAUAAUAUCAACAGCUGGUGGAACAAGCUCAAGCAGCAGCUGCGCAAGCAGUUACUACAAGGACCUUUCUCGCCGGUUCAACUGCAAUCUGUGCGAAAACGACACGGCUGACGAGUAUUUCCCGGAGUGUUUGACCCCGGCGGAAUAUCCUGUGCAAAAGUAUCGUACUCGUAGUAUUGCAAUACAAAUUAGCUCAGCAUGUGCAUGACAAAUCAAUUUGUCAUGCUGAUUUACCUUAACAUGUAGAUUUGUAAUGCAUAAGUGCGAAUACUACGAGUACGAUACUUUUGCACAGGAUACGGAAAAGGUCAAACGCAUGUACGACAUGUUCGCAGAAGAAGAUGCUGGUGAUACUGAUGGUGAUGCGAAACCGCAUGAGAAAUCCGAUGGCGCCAUCGCCAAUGAAAAUCCGCAUGACAAAAAAUCCGCCUACGGAAUUUUCCUCUCCAACGCGUUUUCCUUCUACAGCGACCAGGUUUUAGGCUUGGGAGAAAACAACAACAACGGAACAACAUCAAACGAAACUUGUCAUGCAGAACAACACCAGCCAACGAGCAAAAACAUAUUCUGUAGCAAACACGGCAACACAAACAACGCGAGUAACAACGACAACUCGAAAGUGACGGUUGGAUUGUACCCGCUUUGUGGGAAACUGAACCACAGUAUGAGAGUGCACAACUCCCCCUCCCCCUCAUUUGUAUUGCAUGAACAGCAAUACAAACACCAGCACACGUGGAGCCUGUGCAUGACAAAUUCAUGCGCCUCGUAUAGUACUGUUUGGGCUUCCGAAAUCUGUCAUGCAAACAGUGCCACAGGGAAGCGCUUGGAAAUGGAAUUGGGGUUUUGCAUGACAAAUGAGGGGGAGGGGGAGUUGUGCACUGUCAUACACAGCUGCAGUGCGAACUUGGACUUCACGCAUGAGAAACUUCGGAAUGUGGACCUGGAAGACCACUACGUGGAAGAGGAUCCUGAAGUUUGUCAUGCAGAAACACGACGACCAGAUGAGCAGCAGCCCUGCUACCUGAUGCGCGUUUUCACGACUAGGGAUGUCCAACCCGGGGAGGAGCUGUGCAUCUCGUACAACUACGAGCAGUGCUUUGAGCCGAGGAAACAAAGGCAAGAAUUCUUCCGCUCGAAUUUCAGAUUCGAUUGCAGUUGCGAGGCCUGCGGAAAUAAUGUCACCGGUUGCCGCGAGGGCGAAGUUUGUGAUGCAGGCUGCGAACAUACCGCCACACUAGCAGCAGCAGACGUACAGCAGCAGGAAAAUAGAUCAAACUACAUGACAGAAAGCGACAGAAACCGGCGCACCUGCCGGGAAGCGCAGCGGCGUGUCAUUGAGCUGCACAACAGCAAUGCUUUGGACGACGAGAAAUUACUCGAGCGGGGGGUUGCGAAAGAGAUGAUAGAAUUGGUCGACGAGGUGAUUUUCCCGUUAUUAGUAUCCUGAGUGAAAACGUCCCCACCCCAGAGUUGUCAUGCAAAUCUGCAUGCCAAAAAAGUCUCUCAUGCGGAGCCCCAUGAGAGACAUAUCCUAGUCAUGUUUUGGAAUUUGUGCCGCUAGAAUCAGCAUGACGUGUUAGAUCUGUGAUGCUUCUGAACUAGCUAAAAAGGACUACUCUACAAGGACAAAUUUGUCAUGCGAAACAACCAAAGCUGGUUGAUUUGUCUAGCAGAUUUCCCAUCUUGACUCUGGUGUGGGGACAUUUUUGCUCAGGAUAAUUAGAGAAGGAGAAGCUGCUCAGGCCAGAAGACAUUCGAGAUUACGGGAGAAUCGCCGCGGAGUGCUGCGAUUUCUACUUCCGCGGGCCUUCCGAGGAUGCGCGUGCAGACAAUGCCGGAAGGUCAAGAAGUUCAAAGUCCACCGUCAACUACAAAGAGAAACUGAAAUAUGCCAAGCUCGGGUUGGAAGCCGCGAGGGUUAUGGAAGCGAAACUACAGGACCGAGACGACUACGAAGAAGAAACUGGGCCUGUGUCGGUGCAGUCCUGGAAGAAGAUGGUCAAGGCGAUCGAGUAUCGAAUGAAAAUGGCAAGGCGGUUUGGGGGAAAAUGAGGUUUUCUGUCUAUUUUGCGGACCCUACAACGAGUUGUAGAACUGCAACUGGUACAUUACCCAACACAACGCAAAAGUACUACAACAUGAAAGCGACAAUAACUUGAGUUGUACAACAGCGACUGUCGAUUGAUUCCAAGCAGCAGAAGAACAAACUGAGUGCAGCGCUUGCUCUAUUGUGGAGCCAACAGUGG